UCGAGGCACUACCGCGACAGCAUGAUACUGGUUGUCAGUGGCAGCGGAGCUCACUGUUGUGUAGUGAGAUAACUUGUUUUCCAUUCUGCGGUGUUGGUAGCUGAGUUUCUUUAAUCCAUUGCAUUGUUAGUCUUAAAAGUAGUAAAGAGCGGGAGAAGCGAUGGAACCUGUUACAAAGUGGUCCACCACGCAAGUUGUCGAUUGGAUGAGAGGGUUAGACGAGAGUCUGCAGCAGUAUGUGGAGGGCUUUGAGCGUGAAAAGGUGGACGGGGAGCAGCUGCUGAGGGUGUCCCACCAGGAGCUGGAGGAGCUGGGGGUGACGCGCAUCGGCCACCAGGAGCUCUUCCUGGAGGCCGUGGACCUGCUCUGUGCCUUAAAUUACGGGGUGGAGACGGACAACCUGAAGAUGCUGGUGGGCCGGAUGCGGGCCGCGGCCAACAACCUGCACAACGUGGCGUCGGAGCGCCGGAGGUGCCCCGCCUACGAUGGGGUCGCGGCCCGAAAACCACCCAAUGACUUCCUCACUGCCGUGGUGGAGCUCAUCGGGGCCGCCAAGAACCUGCUGGCCUGGCUCGAUCGUACUCCUCUCACGGGCAUCAGUGACUUCAGCUCCACUAAGAACAGGAUCAUCCAGCUGUGCCUGGAGUUGACCUCCACAGUCCAGAAGGAUUGCACCGUUUAUGAGAUGGAGGAGAAGAUUCUGGAAGUGUCGCGCCUCCUGACCAGCGUGUGUGACCAGACCAUGAGAACGACCUCUGACCCCCUCAUGAAUCACAUGGCCUGUCUGGAGGAGGUCACCAUCACCAACGUCAAGCCUGGAGAAGGACUGGGCAUGUACAUCAAGUCCACCUACGACGGCCUGCAUAUCAUCACAGGAACCACAGAACACUCUCCUGCGGAUCGUACACACAGGAUCCACGCUGGAGACGAAGUAAUACAGGUCAACCGGCAGACAGUGGUGGGUUGGCAACUAAAGAACCUGGUGUCCAAGCUUCGGGAGAACCCUACGAGUGUAACUCUUAUGGUGAAGAAGAGGCCGUCGGCCACCUGCGGCUUCACCCCCGCCCCCCUCAAGAACAUGCGCUGGCGCCCCCCUGCACCACAGAACUUACCCAGUCCACACAACGCUCAGGGCCAGAGGAGUGCAGUGGAGUCUCCUGUCAGGAAAGAGAAGCCCGCCAUCCUGGACCUGUACAUUCCCCCUCCCCCAAUGGUCCCGUACGCACCACGGGAUGGCAAACCUACAGUGUUCACGGGUGUCAACAUGAGGCCCAAGCGGGCACAGUCGCCCAACUCCUAUCUGGACCACGAGGGCAGACGCCGCUUCACCAUCGCCGACUACGACAGCAAACGUGUGUCCAUUCCUGUGCCCGUGCCUGUGCCCGUGCCUGUGCCCGUACCCGUAGCGGUACCCAAGCCUAUGCCCGGGCCUGGCCCCACCCCUACCCCUGUGGAGGUGCCUGUGCCCCAGCCUCGCAUGAGGCAGCGCACCUCUGGCAGAGGGAAGCCGCGGCCCGUCUCCAUGCCUGUAGACACUUGCCUGGGACUGGUGGACUCACCCUCCAGGAUGUGGCCACAGGGAAGGAAAGGCGAGAGCCCCCUGCACCGGUACCUGAGCAACGAGCGCAUAGCCAUCGCCACCAUCUCCGAGGAGGCUCCGCCCUGCUUCCCGGUACCCUACCGGGCCUCCCACCACGGGCCCGGGGAGCGGGGAGGAUGGGGAGGAGGAGGAGGGGGAGGGGGAAAGCUGACGCGAGGCGUGGACCACAUCCGGGGAAGCCAGUGCUUCAUCAACGCCGAGCUCCACAACAGCGCCACCAUCCCUUACCAGGAGGCCCUGGCCAAGAAGGCGCCCAAGCAGGGGCACCAGGGCCACGGCCAGCAGCAGGGGCACGGGCAGCAGAAGAUGAAGCAGCACCAGGGCCAGUCGUCCUCCUCCUCGUCCUCAGAGCCUUCUCUGCUGAGCAGCCUCAUCGCCCGGCUCAAGCUGCUCACACAAUUAGCAGGUGUUAGGAUAGCCACGACUGUAGCCCUUGAAGUCAAAAGUAACAUGUCUGAACUUAAGUUUCACCGGCGGCUACACAAUAUGAUGGACUGGAAUAUGCACGCUCUGAAAUGUGUUUUGCAGACACUUGUCUCUCCAUCCAAAGUGCCACGUCCAGAAGCUCGCCGUGAAAGGCCAGACUCAGUGCGACACAGCUGCCAGCCGCAGCCGAAGGGUAGCGCUGCGAUGAGUCGUCGUAAAGUGUCCGUGAAGGACCUGGGGCAGGGGGACUGCUGCGGGUGGCUCUACAAGAGGAAGGACAGCAAGAUCUUCCUGGGGACCCGAUGGAAGAAGUACUGGUUCGUGCUGAAGCGGAGCGCUCUGUACUGGUACAUCAACCAAGAGGCAGAGAAAGCAGAGGGCUACAUCAACAUAAAAGAGUUCACUGUCGAACAGGCUGCCGAAGUCAGGAGGAAAUAUGCCUUGAAGGCCAGCCACCCUCUGGUUAUGACUCUCUACUUCGCAGCCGAGACCAUCAAAGAUAUGAACAAGUGGUUGAGCGCAUUCAAGGAGGCCUCUACUGCGACUGAAACCUGUGAAGAUGAUGGGUGCUACAGUGAGGAGAGUGAUCACGAAGAGUCCGUCUCGGGGGAGGUAGUGUGUCAGCCCUUUGUGGAACAGCUGACUAACACCAGUAUUAAAGGGGACCUCCCUCCCCCGUGCUGCACCUCCUCUCCGCGCCACAGCCCGUCCUCCAGCUACUCCCAGCUGUCCAGCGUGAGCUGCUCCCAGCGGGCCGCCAAGAACCAGAGCGAGUCCUGGCUGGAGAUCACGGCGCUGGGUGCCACCGGGCCCCCUCAGGCUCCACUCUCCCCCAACACCGGACAACAUGGGCCUCCACAGAAGCAGCAAGGCAGCGAAAAAGAUGAGAUGGAGCAGCUGUACCUGUACCUGAAACAGGCCCGCCUGUCCCCCGCUGGCCACCUGCAGCCGGCCACCAAGCACGACUACCGAGCGUCCUUCAUACGCCGCUGCCAAGACGAGGCCAUCAACGACAAGCUGCACCACGUCCGGACGCUCAACAGUACACUGAAGUCUAAGGAGGCAGACCUGCUGUGUCUAGAGCAGGUGCUGGCUGACCCGUCUCUCAGUGCAAUCAAGUAUCGCCAGUGGAGAGACGCCAACGUGCUGCUGCUGCAGGACAUCAAGCAGCGUAGUCAGCCACUAGGGCGGCGCCAAACACCUGAACCACAGGACCCCACCCAGACCUCCUCAGCCACCUCCACCACCACCACUACUACUGCUACCAUCACUGCCACCGCCACCACUAUAUCUUCUAGCACACCCUACAUCGCUGAGACCAGUGUGUGAGCCUACAGUCGAGGGGCGUUGGGAGUUAUAUGAAAAUAAAAAAUAAAAAGUCCUACUCAGGGAUUGAGUGGAGGACGCAACCCAGAGGACCCAUCACUUUGCCUUCUGAGGAGGUGACUGCCGUGGCAGUUUGGCUGGAACCUGCUGACGCAGUAAAGAAGGGACUGGUGGGAAGAUACUGAUGUGGUGUUCAGAUAAAGCCUGAAGCACACAGAUACGUGGCUGGAUAAAAGACAUGUGGGCUCGAUAAGAGUUCUAGAAAGUUCUGUGGUGUGGACUUUGGGAAGGCAGAUGGCCGGAUGUAUACAUCUCUGUUUUUUAAUCUUUACACCACUCUGUAGGUGAAAGGACAUUGCUUUUGUUUCCUCACUUAUGUCGUGCUGUGGGUGCUGUGACCCAAAGGCAUGUUUUGUUUUUAGCGUCAGAAUAAAUAGAUUUUACUGGAUGAUGAUGGCCAUUUUUUAACCAUUGCUUUUUUUGCACGGUUGAUGAUGUUGAUGAAAGAUGUGAUUGAUAUGAUUGAAAUGUUUCAAAGUCAGACAUGUUGAAACGUUGACAUCCAUUUAAAAUGGAGAUUCUCUAAUGUUUCGGGUAAGAAUCUUAUAUAGCCAACUGGUCUACAUGUUCAAAGGUAGACCUCCAAAACGGGGUUCCACUGUGGUUUGGGGAAUUGUACUUAUUUGUUAUGGUGAAUCAUCUCAUCUGGAAUCGUCAGUCUUGUUCCAGUUUCCAGUCUUUCACUUUCAAUUUGGUGUUGUUGGCAUUCAUGAGAUACCUUACCGUAUGUUAUGAUCCAGAAUGGUCAAACACAUCUGCGCUAUUGCACUGCCAGGUGAUUGAACAGGUGAUUUUAGCUGUUGGAGUUAACUGAAUUGUGUUUUUAUUUUAUAUUUAUAUAACCAAAUUUGUCUUUUAAUAAUUGCAUAUAUUUUAUCAUUUUAUCCCUUGUACAGAUAUGUAUUAUGUAUUGUUUAUUGAAAUAUAAUGUAUUGCCUCCUCUGUGCAGCUGUGUAUGUAAUGGAUGAAGGGUCUGAAAGAAAUAAAAUACUGGAUCAGAA